GGCCCAUUUGGUUUAUGCUUAAGCGAACUUAGUCUUACAGAGACCUACCAAAGCCUAUAUAGCAUUGCAUGUGGAUAAGAAAAAGGAGAAAGAAAGAAGGAUAUCCUCUCAUCUUUCAAAAGCUAAGCCCACUUCCUAGUAAGUGGUGUUCACAUGUCAUGAGUAGGUCAGAGAAACUUCCCAUAGCAGUAAAUGUUCGUGGAAUACAUGCUACCUCUCAACAUUCAUUCAUACUCACAAUUUUGAACCUGUUAAUUAAAAGGCCAAUGAGCAUUAUUAGAAAUACAUGCCGUGAAAUGUAUCUAUUUAAUGUUCACCUUUUACAAAGUCUUUAAGAUUGUUGCGUUUGUCUGAACAAUAAUUCUUGGUAUAGUCUUGAAAUGUUUGAAGUCUUGUUUGGAGUACCGAUGUAUGUUAUUGGGAGUUCUGAUGUUUUUAAGCAUAUCGUAAAUUGGAGCAUGGGAUUUUAAUAUCUAUUCAUUUAUUUUAAUUUUUCAAGUUUCACCAUUGCAUACCUUGAAUCACUAUUUCGUUUCUGUCAUUCGGGAGACAUCUCUUUUCACUACUUAAAAGUUUGAUAGAAAUCGCAUCACAGCUACAUUUUUUUAAAUACAAGUUUUUAAUUGUGCUUUGGGUUGUCACAACCUGUGUUAUAAGAUCUUUAUAUAGGCUACUGUCCUCAGACCUUGUUCUGAGAACAUGUUUAUUUAAAAGACAUGACCUAAAUCUUUGAAACUAAUGAAUGCUGAUGCUGUGUUGAUGACAUACAGACAAUAAAAGCAGUUGUGAGAGUGAACUUGUUUUCAAGCAAGAUAUUUUACCAGCGUGGUAUACCUUCUGCAAUGAUAAGAAAGUUCUUUAACACUCCAAGCCAUGUUUGUUUACUCUUGAAGUGACUUCCGUUGCAUAUCUUGAGCUGUGCCAUGUCUUCCUUUAGUUGUGAUAGAUCCAAUUGCAUUUCAGUUAUGCUUAAUUUUGAUAUCAAUCACGUCCCAGGAUGUGAUGCAUUGUGAUCAACUGUCAAUUUUUGAUUGAUUUUGAUUAGUCAUCACAGAAAAUAAAGCCUAAAAUGAACCCUUCAAGAAAAUGGGCUGCAAGAAGAUAAGUUACAAUGCACAGAUGAUGAAGCUUUAAUUCUAUCUUCUCUUUGCCCCCUCCCCUUUUCUCUCCUCCAUCUUCAUCCCAUGCAGGCAGUCCCCCUUCUCUAACCCGCCCCACCCUGUGUCCCUCGGCCUGGGAAUCCCCUCUCCACCAGGCCGCUAGACAAGGGGACACGGCAACGCUCUGUAGGCUUAUAGAGGAGCAACACGAUAGGACUUCACCAGAGAAAGAUGGCUCUACCCUCAUUCAUGCCGCUGCUUAUGGCGGUCAAGUAGAUAGUAUAGAUUUAUUAGUAACCUUAGGAGAAGACCCCGAUACAGCUCAGUCAGAAGGACUCACACCCCUACAUGUGGCAUCUGGAGAGGGGCAUGAAGGAUGUGUGAGGUUUCUGUCUGAGCAUGGAUGUAACCCCCUGUCCCGUGAUUCACAAGGAUGGCAACCAAUACACUGGGCCGCUGCUAGUGGACACGCCUCGUGUGUCAGAACCCUACUGGAUAAUGGCUCCAAACGUGACUGCAUUACAAAUAUUGGCUGGACCCCCUUCCACGCAUCUGCUCGUUAUGGUCAGAUGGGUAGCUUACAUGCCUUGCUCUACCACACACCAACCAGUGAACAACCUGACCUUCAGAUGCUUUCACAGAUCAACCAAGAGACGGCACCCCAGCCUGUCUCACCGGACUUACUCAACAUGAUGGACCAUGAUGGAUGGACUCUGGCUCACAUUCUAGCCUCGACUGGACAGAAGGAGAUGCUUGUCGCCCUUCAUCAGUACGGUGGUGUUCAUCUCGCUGUACCUGACAGGAGAGGGCGUACUCCGUGCGAUGUUGCUUCCGACUCCUGCAAAGAAUUCCUAAGCAGCAUCACUGAAGGCAAGACUGUCCGAGUGAUAGUGGACGUUAGCCAGAGUUCGAUGCCUUCCAACGACCUUUCACCCCACCUCCUCGGCCAGAAGGACGAAGCCUCUCAGUUUGUAAUUGGUCAGUUGUCUGUCCUAUCAGGAAUGACAUGGUCAGCGUUUGACCUGGCCAUCGGCUCGGUCCUGGCUAACAGCUGCAAGAUGCCUGAGAGUGACAAUGAACUACCAAGUCCUAAUAGUGAUCAAUCUCCGACAAACGAGAACUCACCUGAAAACAUUGAUAUUGGAUUAGGAGUCAACAGCAUUCAUAGCUAUGUAGCAGGAAACUUGCAUUGGUCAGUUGGAGAGACUCCUUCCAUGCAACCACAUGAAAUCUUCAAUUUGACCUCUGAUAUUGUCAUCAAGCUCCAUGGCAACCAAAACGGCCGCUUGGAUCAGCUAGCCUUUGAAACCUUCCUGCCACUACAGAUGAUCCAGACCUAUGUUAGAAUUAUUAAGCAAUAUAAAAGUGUUCUGUUGUAUGGAUCACCCGGUUCUGGCAAGUCAAGACUAGCUGUUAAACUGGCUCAAUUCAUUCAGGCAAAGAACAAGAAUGAUAGAGUGGAGUCUGACAUGACCUAUGCCUCGUUAAAUUCAUCAUCUACUCACAAAGACCUGUGCAAGUUGCUCCUUAGCAAAGGAUUUCUUGUCCAGGCUAUGUCAGGCAAGCCUAACCCAUCCCACAACAAAUCAGUGCACAUCCUGGUUCUUGAUGGGUUGGAUAAAGUGGGCGUGGCAGGUCUGUUUGCCGACCUCUUACCGCUGAUAGAGAACAGAUCGAAUCAGAAGACCGUCCGGCUACAAGCCUUGUCUGGCACUGCCUUGUUUACAUUGCAUGAGAACUCCAUCAUCAUUGGUACCGUGGACGGAGUGGGACCUGGCACGGAUCUAACAGUCCAGCAGCACUUCCGUUGGAUCCGGGUAGAUUGGGACCAGGAACCAUUCCGUAGCAUCCUUCCUCGGUAUCUCUUCAGGCGUCUGAUCCAUGAGAAGGAUGGCUGGAUACCCACCUCUCCUUCUGAUGAUACCUUGAGAGUAUUGACAUGGGUGUGUGGUAUCUGGAAACGACUCAACGACGCUCUGGCUAGACUCUCCAUGCCCGAGUUCAGUACCGGCCCCAAACAGUUCUUCACUUGCUGCAUCAACGGCGAUGCUCCAAUGUCCAUAUUGAAAUGGUUAUGUCUUCUAUGGAACUGCAGUCUAGCACCUCACAUCGAAGACACCUUCCACCACAAUGGACCUACGGCAUCAUCUGCUCAUAUGCAGCAACAGAACAUGGCUGCGAGCACUGCCCUCUAUGUCCUGCUUCAUAAAGCUUUCUUACCAGGAUGCCCACUGAGUGAUGAAGAGGCAGACGAGUAUUUCUCUGGAUUCCGAGGCAUCAGUGCCCCUACCAUGGACGUUGUGGUUGAGAAGUCUAGCAGUGGUGCUAAGAAGCCCAGGAGGAGUAAGAGUUUGGAUCGUAGCAAGACCAGCAACAAGGCUGCAGCUCUGGCAAGGAACCAGGCUCAUAUGGACCUCAUAAGCGCAGAUUCUCAGAGGAAUGGUCGAUCUAUGAUUCCACGUCGUGUGAACCCUAAACCUCUCAAGACUGUUACUAAGCAGAACUCACUACCUAUCAGUUCAACAAGUAAACUAUCGGAGAGUCCUGUCAUAACACACCAAAGAAGUCAAAGCAUCCCAUCAUCACCAACCGAUGACCCGAACCUCCUGGAAUCACUCCUCAGUAACCAUGCCAACCCUUCACUCUCAGAGAUAGAACAACUCAUCGAGCUUCAGAAGACUCUCUUUGGCAACGGAGGAGGGGACGGGGAAGACAAAGUAAAAAAUAAGGGAAUGAAAUUGAGCAAGCAGACGACCGGUGCGGGGCAAGUGGGCGUGGUCGGAGGACAGAGGUUUCUACGGAGGGCCAGCGACGGAGCGCCGGUGUCGCCUGGACUGGCGAGAACAAGGACUAAAGAUGAGGAUGGCGUGUGGAGUGUUUGGGAAGAGACUGUCUGAAGGGAUUCAGUCUGUCUAUCUUACCUUCAUUUACCAGCUUCUGCUCCAAUAUCAAUUGUGACUACUGUGAUGAUACAUGGUCAUGACAUCACUGAUUCAACUUGAGUCCAAUGAUGUCAUGAAAUGAUGGCGAAUAUACAAUCAAGAGCACCAUCUCAUGACAACAGUGUUUCGUCAAUAUUGGUCAGUGCUUUAUGAGGAAACAUGGGGAAAAAUAUCCGAGAAGAAAAGGAAAGAUGGAAAUCUCAGCGAAACAUUUUUGCCAGACCUUGGAAAUUUGGCUUGUUUCGGUUUAAACCUUUCAGCUGAAUCAAGGAAUAACAGUUAGAGUGACCAAAAUGAAUAAAUGAUAUUUGCGGGACUUUAAUCAGUGGCUGUGGUUCACGUAUUGCCAUGCUCUACGAUUUUGAUCUUACCACCAGUUGAGAAAUUAGCAUGUUAUGACCUGCCAAUGAGGGAUAGAUUUUAAAUCCCCUUGAUUUACCAUUGUCACCUGUGGGAUUGCUGACUUGAGGUACGCUUCCAUCAUGAAAACUACUUUAUUUUAAAAAUCCAGCCAGAAACGCCAUGAUUUUAUAGAUAACAGAAACUUCCAUCCUUGAAUAUAUGCAUUUUUAUGAUGGAGUAUUAAAUUUCUUCCUGCCAGAAAAUCUUCAGAAGAAUAUCGGUAAAUAUGCAAAUUGGAGCUAACCCACCAGCACGAAUGAUCAAUGAUCGGUAAAAAUGAAUCGUUAAAUUGGAGAAUUACUGAAAACGUAGCAGAUUUGUCCUAUCUAUGUGAAUACAUCUAUUAUCAUGCUGCUAUGUGUCACUCACGUCACAUAGUACUGCAAUUUAGAAAAAAAAAAAUUAAGUUCUUUAUUUCAAUCAGAAAGCAUGAGAAUGAGAAUAAUUUUAGGAUCUCAACUUUCUUGGUGAUAUUCUGAUAAAAAACCAGGAUCAACUCCAGACGAAACAUGAAUUGUAAUCCACACUUGUAUGAAAUUAUAGUUUUUGGCCCUAUUUGAACUUGUUAUGAUAACAAAUGUGCAAUAACGGGAUAAAGCUACUGAAAUCAUUCAAUUUCAUAGGCUGAUAUUAGAAACUGAAUUUGUUAUUAUAACAAGUCUGUAUGAAAUGGGCCCUUGAUCUUACUUUUUUCAUAGUCAAGACGUAGAUAACGCACCAAAAUUUGCAAUUAAAAAACAAACUUGCCAUCAAUUGCAAAAAUUUUGCAAUCAAUUACAAGAAACUUGCGAUUAAUUGCAAAAAACUUACAAUCAAUUGCAAGUAUACUUUGGGCCCGACAUCAGUCAUAUAUCUUGAAAUUAAUUGCAAAUUCGCGAUUACUUGCUUAUCUGCUCUUUGAAACAAGAAAUGUAGUCUGAUUUGCUAGAGCUAAAAUUGAUCACUUGUAAAAUUGCAACAGAAUAUUUGCAAAUGAUUGCAAAUAUGUUCUUGCAACAUCCCCUAAGUUAGACAAUGGAACCAUUGCUGUUACAAUACCACUCACUGUCCCGUAUUCUGAACUCUUGUGUGACUUGUACCAUGGCCUGGAUUUGUUGAUUAACUACUGAAGUUGAUAUUUAACUAUGGAUAAAUACUAUAGCUUUCUUCCUCAUUAAAACAUGGAAAACAUCUCAGUAACCUCACAAUAAGUACACAGUCUAACAAAUGAUUGACACUUGUUGCUUGCCAGACUUUUCCCCCAGACUUUUCGACCAUGGUUUAAUGGGGAGUUCAGAAUAGCCUCGGUGUUUAUUCUUUCUCCGACUAAUUUUUGACGUGCAUCUGCUGUCCAGAAGAAAACCGCUAUCAUCAUUUCUUCAUAAGUACUUAAUAAAAUAAAAUGAAAUGACUUAAAUCACUGCUCUGUGUACAAAAAAAAAAUGUGAUCAGUUCUUGCUUAUCUCCACACCCAUGUUUAAGCUGUUAUCUUUGCAAUGGUAUUGCUUUCCUGAAUAUUUAAUUAGCGAAAUUUUGCCAUUGACAAAAUAACACCUAAGGGUAAUUCCAGAAAAUAUACGUCCAGCUCCCCUAUUUUUGCGAUCUUCCUGAAUUGAUUUGUUUCUCCUUUCUACUUCACAUGAAAAAAUGUUGUCAUGUCGGUGCAAGAACACCCUUAACACCACACUUUUGCCCAUCACAUGCGCGCAAAAAUGCCCUUAGCCGUGCGCAUAAGUGCAUGGUGUAAGGGUAUCUUUGCGCACAAGGGGUGCGGGAAAAUGUUUUCCUAACGGCGUUCUUGCACCGACACACGUGGAGUUCUGAAAUUAUAACAGCUGGAGAAGUUCAGAAAUAAAGUAAGAAGGGAGAAAAUCAGUUAGAUGUACAAAAAGGUUGACUAUGAGGAAGCUUGUAUUCAUGAAUUAGACUUUAAAAAAACUUAGUGAAAGUAUUCACCUCCAUAUGAUCUAGUUAGGGUAGACCAGGAGAGUGUAGAUUCAUUGCCCUUUAAUUGCCAAGUAUGUGUGUCCUAGGAGGUAUGUCACAAAUACUUAGAUUUAUUUAGAAAGUUGGGCUCAUGGUGGCGAGCCAUUUUAAAAGACACAGUAUACCGGAACUCAUGACAUCACAUAUUAAAUUUGUUUUAUUUCUGUGUGUGCAUUUCAGCAUUUUUAAUACUAUAUCUCAAUGGAGCAAGAUGCAAAGAGUCAUGGAACAGACCAAUCUACACCUAUUUCUGUAGAGUACAUUAUUUGACCAUGCAUUGGGCCACCAUGGACCAAUUCGUGUCAAAUGUAAUGUGUGGAAGUCAUGUCAUCAUGCUCCCCCCAUAAAAAAAUAUGAUCAAUGACACAAAAAUACUUAAAUGCACAAAACAAUAAGUUCGUGAUUUUACUCUAUAGUGCUCUUAAUAUCCCUGGCUUUGGUCACUCAAGCUGAGUGCAAAUAUGGUCACAAAUUGAUAGUAUUUUCUUUGUUAUAAGUCAUUGGCUGAAAAUAACAAAUUUACAUACCCAUACAAAAAUGGUGAGAUUAUUAAAGUCCUUGAUGAAAAGAACAAAAUGUAGAGAAAAAAAGGUAAUCAGGAAUAUCAGCUGUAUAGUUGUCAUCGCAUUUACUCAAGAGAGUGCCUUUAUGCAUCCAGAUAAAUAAAGUUCUUACUGUUUUAUGCCACCGAUUAUUUGGAAAGUGUGCCUAUUAUAUGUUCUUAUGGUGUAUCAAGCAUCUGAGUUAUUUGUGCUAGAACCCUUGAUGAUAUAGAUUAGCCCAUUAGGAUCUAGAAUUGGUCCAAUAUCUAGAAAUCUGUUUCUUAAAAAUAAAGCAGUAGAUGCCGCUGACUGUUCAUUAGUUGAUGACAUGACAAUAGAAUUGUACUAUGUAAGUUAGUAUUAUACAAAUUAUUUGUGAAUGAUAUUAUACAUUCUAAGAUAAGACAAAGCAUUUUAUUUAUACUUGUAUGAAAUAUUGAUCAAUUAAAAGGCUGUAUUUUCCUCCUUUUUAUAUCAUAUUUUAAGAUAUAUAUGACAUAAUGAAUGAGAUAUUUUUAGCCAUCUUUCUCUGGUGAUUAGUGUAAAUAGAAUCUCGUGUGAAAAUCAGAAAAGCAUUUUAAUUUAUAAAAGACAAACCAAGGUGUGAAAAAAUGUCAUGUAAAGAAAAAGAAAUGUGUAAUGUAUAUUGUGUACAGGCAACCAAUUUUCAACAUGUAAAUAGUACAUAAAUGUUUUAAAGCAUGUGAUCGAGGCACUGGGUUUUUUUCUGUCUUUUUCUGAAAGAGGUCUUAAUUCAUGAGAUUGGUUAGUCAUUUUACCAUUUUAUGAACAAAAUAUUUUUUUAAUCCUGUAUUUUACAUAUACAUGUAAUGGGAUGAUGAUGAAAAAAAGUAUAACAGAUGAAUUUUUAGUCCCAUGAUUUUGAGAUAUAUCUGUGAAUGAUUUUGAGCUCCUGUAUGCAAUCAUUAUUUUAACCUUUUGUUAUUGUCUUUUAUUCUCAUACAUAAUGAUCAUUUCUUCUUUUUUUCCGGAAUGUGUAAUAUGAAAGUUUCCUACCAGUGAAGUUAGCUACAAUUUGAUUUUACUUAUUUCAUUCAUUCUUCAACGAUUUUGUUAUGGAAUUAUGAAAUGUCAUUUACUUUUGUUAUGCCAGUGUACAUGUAUUAUGCUAUCAAAUUUGACAUUUUAAAUUUCAUACAAAAUGUAUUCAUUUAUUGUGAUAGAAGUUUUUGGUUCAUUUGUCCUUUUCUAUAAUCAGUGUGGAUGAUAUUCAGCCGACGCUGUUCCUCAUGAUAAUGAAAAUGAAAUGAUUGUAAAUUCAUUCAAAGUAUGUGAUGAGCUGAAUAACCAUUAUUAUGAUGUAUUCAAUUGGAUAGUUUUUUUUUUAAUCCUUAUAUAUGUUUUACUUAGGAUAUGACUAAUCCUGUUUCUUCAUUUUAAAGCUUUACAUCAUUGUUAAGAGAUUUUGGAAAUGCAAAACAUCAGCAUAUUUGUAUAGAUGAUAAAAAGUGAUACGCAUUGCUAAAAAAAGAUGAGAUGAUUAUGAAAUAUUAGCUGUUGUUGCUCUAGCAUUCACAGUGUUCGUCUUUGUCGUCACUACGGCGGGUGGUACUAGAGCCUGUGUUAUAAAACUUGAUACAAUUACAAAUUUGCAUUAACAGUUUAAAGCUACUGAAAUCCUGCAAUUUGAUUGGCUGAUGCUAAACUUGUUAUAGAAACUGGUCAGAACCUUCCACCUCUCAAAAUUUCGGAUUGACACUUAAUGCAAAUCAAACCUGAACGCCAAUCUUUAUGCCGGGAAAACCAAUUAGUUUUUGUCUCCCUGAACCCAUAAUGGCAAGGUAUCAGGCAAUAGAUUUCCACUACGAAAUGUCCCUGAUUUUCAUAAAGAUCAUAAACUAAUCACAGUUUCUUUAAUGAAGUUGCUCAAGUGGCAGUUGGUUAAAAAUCAUACUUUAUAUAAAAGACCAAGAAUAGACAGACAUCUCCUUUUCAUUUGACCCAUAAUUAGAAUGUGCAUCAAAAACAAGCAGUUUCAUUCCCAUCAACAUGUUCUUGGCUGGCACUCUGUAUUGUGUAAAUGAAAUUAAAAAUGAUUAUUGCAGAAGAGAUUCAAUUAAUCAUUAUACUUUCAAUUGUAUGUACAAGUCUUGUACAUAUAGUGAUUGGAAGACUUAUUUCUAUUCCAAAAUCUUGUCUCAUUAAGAAGAAAAAUUGAUUUCACGUUUAUCUAUUACUAUACGAUCCAUGCUGGUAAAAAAGCGAACAAAAUGUUUAAUUUUUUAUUGUAUUCAUCUCUGUACAUCAUGAAAAUUGUCGAGAAUGAAACCAAAUGCAAAGCUUAAUAAUUAACUGCCAUCGGGACGAGAUGUCCAUCAUCAUACUUAAUCUAUAAUGUAUUCAAGAAACUUGGCAUUUCAUUUUCUUUUCAUGUAUGAACAAAUGUGUAUGGAAGGUAUGGAAAAAAAAAAGAGACUUAUUUUCAUAUUGUAGUGUCCCAUCAUUUUUUUUUUAUUAUCAUGCAUGCUUUGAAAGACUAGUCGUAGAAUGACAUUAGAGGUUGGGUUCUUAAAGGUUAAUAUUAUUUAGCUUUAUUGUGUGAUCAAGGGCCUGGAACACAAAGGUUUAUAGCGACUGAUGGUACAGUUGAUUUAUGCACAUGGUUGCAUUAAUGAUCAAUGUUAUGAAGGGUAAAAAUCAAACUUACCAUCAAUUGCUAGUCUUUGUGUUACGGGGUCCUCAACCAUGUAUUUCAAAAUGUUGGGAUCACUUCUAAGCCUGUAGAAUCUGAGAAAUGGGGAGAGCAUUGUCUUUUUAUUGCCAGUUAUUUAUAAUCUUUGAACCGACACAAAGGAUAUUGUUUUUUUUUUCCAUAGAAAAUCACUGCUAGGCAUGUAUACAACAUGGCUAGUAUGAUAGUAGAAACUCCUGGACUAAAUGAUUUUGUCUUUAAUGAUGGCAUCUGCUUAAUAAAAGUUCAGCACAUUCUACGAAAUAUAAAGGCUAUGAAAAAUGAAGACGACAUUUUAUGUAUAUUUUCUAUUGCUUUUCAGAAUAAAGUCAAUACUCUUCCAUAUUGGGGUGGGUAUGUUUAUCAUUGUACAGAAGAGAAAAUACAGUGCCAUGGCGAUUCAAGAUA